CGCGCCCACGUGACCGCGGGCCGGGGCGGCAAUAUGGCUGCGCCCAUGUGCGCGCAUGGGGCAGGCCCGGAGCGCUGGGACGGGCACCGCUGAUCCCGGCCCGGGCCAACAGCCCUGCAUGGAGCUGCGGGAGUCCUGGGCAGCCUUGGCGGCUGGUGGAGUUGCUGGUGUGUGUGUUGACUUGAUCCUUUUUCCCCUGGAUACUGUAAAAACAAGACUUCAGAGUCCUCAAGGAUUUAGGAAAGCUGGUGGUUUUCGUGGCAUCUACGCUGGUGUUCCUUCCACUGCAAUAGGAUCCUUUCCAAAUGCUGCUGCUUUCUUUAUCACCUAUGAGAAUGUGAAAUCCGUGCUGCCCCAUGGAUCUUCAUCGUACUUGUCCCCUGCAACACACAUGGUGGCUGCCUCCCUUGGGGAAGUGGUUGCCUGUCUCAUCCGGGUUCCAUCCGAGGUUGUCAAGCAGAGGGCUCAGGUUUCUCCUUCCUCCAGCACUCUCCAGAUCCUCUCCCACACCUUGUACCAUGAGGGUAUUCAAGGCCUUUAUCGGGGUUAUAAAAGCACCGUAUUGAGAGAGAUUCCUUUCUCUCUGGUACAGUUUCCCCUCUGGGAGUCCUUAAAGGAACAAGGCCCUGGUUUUAUCGUAAUCUACAAACCCCUAACAGCUUCUGUGCUUUGCCCCGUCUUAAUGGUAUUAAAACCUGCUCAAAGGGAUCUCUGGUCAUGGAAGCAGGGUCACGUGGUGGAUUCUUGGCAGUCAGCAGUCUGUGGAGCUUUUGCAGGUGGAUUUGCAGCUGCAGUCACCACACCGCUCGACGUAGCAAAGACAAGAAUUAUGUUGGCAAAGGCUGGUUCCAGCAAUGCCAGGGGGAAUGUUCUGGCUGCCCUUGGUGGCAUCUGGAGGACACAAGGCCUGUCAGGCUUGUUCGCAGGUGUUGUCCCACGGAUGGCAGCCAUCAGCCUGGGAGGCUUCAUCUUCCUGGGGACAUACGAGAAGACUCGGCAGCUGCUGCUCUGAGCCAGCCCGGCCGCUCCUGCCGGGAGAAGCCGGAGGAGGAGCCGGGCUGGGAGCGGAGCCUUCCUCCCGCAGCCCUCCCAGCAGCUGUCCCGCAGGCUGGGAGCCACUCUCCCUGCUAGAGAAAAGUAAAUCCUGCAAUAAUCCGGUUUCCCAAACAUGAAAUUUUCCUGCAUGGAAAGUGGGUGAGGUAAUUUGGAAGAGUUGUGCCAAAAAAGUAACGUUUGGGGGGUAAACAGCUAAUUACUGUGGCUGCAAAAGGCAUUAUUAGAACUCCUGCAGGGAAAGUGUUUUGGAAAGCUCUGGCUUGGGGGCUGAGUGGGGAGGCUGAAAUAAAGCAAGUUUUCAUCA